AACAUCAAAAUUUUCCCUCUAUCAUCCCCAUCUGUUUGUGAAAAUGUCCCAAAGAAAUUCUUGCAAGAAAAACCAACUCCCCAAUAUUACUCUCCGCAGAUCUACCAGAUCUCUGCCAACUAAACCUCCUGAUCCGGAAGUUAUUUUCCGUAGAUCUCCAAGAUUUCGAAAAGUCGAACCCCAUGAUUCUGUUAACCCGAAAACCCCCUUGGUAAAGUCGAACCCCCUUCAAUCACCUUUUGUAUCCACCAGAAGAAAGAGAAGUAACAAAAACCCAAAAGAACAAGUUUCUGAAAAAUCAAAUCUUGAAAGAAAUAGGGAACUAGGAAGGCGAAUGACACGUAGUUGUAGCAAAGAUAAUGAUAUAAUUGCAAAAAAGAUUGACUAUGGUGAUUCAACUGGAAAUAUGAGUGUUUGUAAAACUAGAGAAGUAUCUAAAUGUUUAAGGGUCAAGCCAUUGAAUAAGAAUAAAGUGAAAGAGAAUGAGAAAUGUAGGAAAGAUGACAGUGAACGAGAUGAUGAAGGCGUUGUUUAUGGUAAGGUGAAUGAAGAGGUUUUGUUAGUCAAAGAAUGUCAUGUUUUGGAUGACAGGUUAUGUGAAAAGGAAAUAGAUAUUGAAGGACUGGCGAAAAGGGUUGGGGUUAAAAGAAAACGAGGUCAUAAAGAGAAAGGUGUUGGGAUUGGUAAAGGUUGGACUAAGGAUCAAGAGUUAGCACUGGAGAGAGCUUAUUUAACUGCUAAACCUACUCCACAUUUCUGGAAGAAGGUUUCUAGGAUGGUGACUGGAAAAUCCGCGCAGGAAUGUUUUAACAAAGUACAUUGUUGUCAAUUAACUCCCCCACAACCUCGGACACGUUCCAGAGCUGUAGGUUUAGUUUCACACAACAGCAACUUGUCUCCAAGUAAACUGCUCGAUUCUCCAUUUCAGAAGGCCAAAAGGCCUUGUAACCGUAAGAAGAAGAGCCAUAUAUUACAAAGAACUGUAAGACACAUGUUGCAAAAGCAGUCUAAAGUGGAAAAGGAUUCUGAAGCAGACCUUUUUUUAGUUCUGGAACCAACAUCAAAUCCAACUCAACGACUAGUUACGACUCCAGACUGUGCUAAGUUUAAGGUUGUAUUUCCUAAAAAAUGGCAUGAGGGAUCUUCAACAGCUCGUAAAAAGAGCCAUUCAAGAUUUAGUAGCUCACAUGAAACACCUAUUAUCAGCCCUCCAGUUCUGAAGCCGGUUAAAAACAUGGUUUUACAUGAAAAGUAUAUUGAUCAGCUAAACUGUAGAGAAGCUAAUAGGAGGGCCAGAUCUACAAAGCAAGAAAAGCUUCACAAAAGCAAAGGAGGAACGCAUGACAGUUCUGUUCAAAGAAAGGAAGCAAUCAAGGCUGCAAAGUUUGCCUUAGUAUUUGAUGCAAAAGAUGCAAUUAAUAAGUUCCAAGAUCAACAGGCCAGGGCAUUGAGCAGCAUCUUUGAUGAUGAAAUCGGCUCAGAUGAUGAGGAGGAUGGUCAGGAUUUGUUCUAAACCUCUAAUCAUAUAUUUCUGUUUUUAUUCGUUGUAUUCUAUGCUGAAAUAUAUCUCACAUCAUAAGGCUACGUUAUCUUCUGAUUUAGAGUUUCUUUGUAUAGCAUGAGUCAUGACCGAUGUGCGAUUUUCACCUUUAGGGUGAUAUUAACUUUAACAGUGAGACAUCUGAGUUAUGUAUAUUGCAGCAUUAGUCUUCGUUGAUACUUUA